ACACUAACAGCGUGUAGUAAGCUAUGCAGUCCAGCCGGCCAAGGCUAAGUGAACCAAAAUAAGCGAAUUUAUAUAUGAGGAGUACUAUCUGCUGGGGUUCAGUUUAUUGUAAUACAGUUUACUAUUAUGUAGCGUCCAUCACUUUAUAUAAAGGAAGGUGUAGCAAUGGCAGUGACGAAAGCGGUGAUGGUGAAUAGCGUUUGCAGUAUCUUAUCGAGAGUAGUGACUGUAGUCCAGGCUUCACGGAGGUCACUGUCAGAUUACUGCUCAAUAGAUGAACCUAUAUUUGGGCUUUCAGAGGAACAAAAGCAGUUACGGCAAACUGUAUUUAACUUUGCUCAGAAAGAACUUGCUACAAAGGCUUACGAGAUUGACAAGAAAAAUGGAUUCUCUGCAUUACCGAAAUUUUGGCGUCAGCUUGGCGAGUUGGGCACUCUGGGCCCGACUGUCUCCAGUGAAUAUGGGGGUUCAGAACUUGGAUACUUAUCUCAUGUUGUCAUCAUGGAGGAGCUGAGUAGGGCAUCUGCAGCCAUAGGUCUCAGCUAUGCUGCACAUUCCAAUCUCUGUGUGAAUCAGAUCUUUAGGCAUGGCACACAGAAACAAAAGGAGAAGUAUUUGCCAAAGUUAUGUUCAGGAGAGUACAUUGGGGCACUUGCUAUGUCUGAACCAGGUUCCGGAUCAGAUGUUGCAUCAAUGAAACUGAAAGCUGAGAGGAAAGCUGAUUAUUAUGUCUUAAAUGGAAGCAAGUUCUGGAUUACCAAUGGCCCAGACGCUGAUGUAUCAGUGGUGUAUGCCCGCACUGAUCCUACAGCCACAAAGCAGCAACAUGGAAUUUCAACUUUCAUUGUGGAAAAAGGGUUUGAAGGUUUCAGAGCAGGACAGAAGCUGGAUAAACUUGGGAUGAGGGGUUCAAAUACUGCAGAGUUGAUAUUUGAAGACUGUAAAGUGCCAGCUGAGAACCUUCUGGGGGAAAAGAACAAGGGCAUCUAUGUCCUGUUAAGUGGAUUAGAUUUUGAGAGAUUAAUCCUGUCUGGAGGACCGCUGGGGAUUAUGCAGGCUUGUUGUGAUGUUACAUUCAGAUAUGUUCACGAAAGAAAGCAGUUCAAUAAAAGAAUUGGAGAAUUCCAAUUAUUGCAGGGUAAGAUAGCAGACAUGUAUACUGCCUUGAGUGCAUGCAGAAGCUACCUGUACAAUGUUGCAAGGGCAUGUGAUGGAGGACAUGUGAACAAGAAGGACUGUGCAGGUGUCUACCUGUAUUUGUCUGAGAAAGCGACUCAGCUUGGCCUGGAUUGUAUCCAGUGUCUUGGUGGCAAUGGUUAUGUUAAUGAUUAUCCUGCUGGUCGGCUGUUGAGGGAUGCAAAACUUUAUGAAAUUGGGGGUGGAACAAGUGAAAUACGAAGGCUUGUCAUUGGACGAUCUCUGAACUCUGAGUAUUCAUAGUUCCAGUAAUAUGAUAAAACCAUGGAAAAAUAGCAAAGAUCGGGAGGUUGCCCAUUACCAGGGUUCCAGCACUUCACACACCCAUCACAACACGUGAGUGUUAAUGAAGAUGGUGGCCAGUGAAAUAUCAGUAUGGAGCAGAUUGAGAGUCAUGGAUAAAUGGGUAUUAUUAAGUGGAUCAUAGUUUUAAGUUGUAUUUCUGGGGUCGCGAAUCUCAAAUGUUACUUUCCGUGUUUUAGUUUUUAUGCAGGAGGUGGAAAAAAUGAAUUUACUGGACUAAUUAAAAAAAAUUGAAAUUGUGAAUGUGUAAUAAUGGCAUCUGAGUUCACAUGCAGUUUUCAUUUUCUCAUUUAAUUUCAGUGGGCGGCUUCUUAGGUGAUAGCAGUUACAUGCCAUAUUGUGUGUUUGUGGGUGCAAUGUGCAUAUGAAUUUGUGCCAUAUUUUGGUUUUUCCCCUUAUGAAAAAUAUGGGUUAUGUUCUUGGGAAAAAAAAUCAUGGUUGGUCCAACAUACCAGGUCUUGUGGGAGACUGAGGUCGGGAAAACUGCAGCCUGUGUUGCCUGUUCCUUCACUAAGCACAGAAAAUGUGUAAUUACAUCAUACAGCUCCUCCUGAACAUUUCCAUGACAAGCAUAUUUUAUUACCCUGUUGGAAGGCUGGACAUUGAACAUCCAAAAAAGAAGGUGAGCACAACAAUUCCUUUAGUCUCGGAAUGGUCAUGACUCAAUCCUUGAAAUGGCAGGAGGAGGAGGAGGAGCAGAAGAAGAAGAAAUAACACAGAACGUACAAUGUGCCACAGGCAGACAUAUGUCAGCUGAAGCUGUAAAGCUGGCAUGAGAUGCAUUACAGCCCUAGCAGAUGUGGAUCUGUUGGUAUGGAAACCACAGACUUUAUCCAUGUGUACAUAUAUUAAGAACUCGGGUAUGUAAACCAUUAGCUGUGUUUGAUGAAAUGGGAUACAUGUGGUUACUUGAAAUUUUCAGUUGGUGAGUGGCUUUUUUACUGUCAUAAUCAAUGAGAAAGAGAGAUUGUUGCCAAAACAUGGAAAAUAUUGUCAGAAUUCUUCCAGUAAACGACAGGUAUUUAAGUGCCUUGUGAAUGUUUUAAGCCACCAUGUAUGUCAAUGGAAGGUAACAGAAAACAUUCUUUAUAGCAUCUGAUUUAUUUUUAUUGGUGCCAGAUGAAUACAGGACGUAAAACACAACUUAUCAGGGAUUCAUAUAAUGUAGACUGUGUUAUAUGUAAUUUGGGCGUCAUAUGUCACUGCCAAUUGUAUAUUAAAAUUAAAUCAUAAAGUGUGUUCUGCAGUAAACUUAAUUGUUCUUUACUGCACAGCAGAAGCAGUGAAAUAUUAAAAGAAUUCUGCCUGCAGAGUUGCCAGUCUAUCUGUUGACAGAAUAAAAUUUUGCUUUUGCGGGACCCCUUAAUGGAGCUCUGUGACCGCUUAAAUUAUUCAACUCAAAAAUAAAACAUUUCCUUAAAUAUGGCAUUUCGGGUUUGUGGUCUCAUUCUGACAUUAAUUCUUGGGCAAAACUGAGUUCUCAUGACAAAACAAAUGAGGUAUAUAUUAAAUUAGUUUUAUGCUGGGGAAUAAAGCUGUUCUGAGCAUGUACUGAAAGAGCAGUUUUAUCAUGUAGAACGGUGUUUCUCAAACUUUUUGAAGUGGGGGACCACUUUUAUAAGUCAGAACAGUUCUGCGGACCACCUUACUCUUCUUCCCUUCGAAAGCAAAUUUAUCAUUUUUUAGCAUAUUUUAAUACCAGUAUACUUAUAUUUUAAAAUAGAAGUAAUUAAGUUAAUAGAAGAAAAUUCAUAUUUGUUUUUUAAUACUUUAAGGCUAUUAGAAUUUGGAUAAUAUUUAACUUAUUAACAAAAAAAUAAAUAAAUGGUGGUACUCACAUUAAUGAGAUGGGUGAGCCUGCCAAUUCUUGCACAGUUGUUCUAUAUUUGGAUGUAUGCAGGUAAGCUUAAGUUGGAGAUUGUCACAUUCAUUGAGUCAAUUUCAAUACUUUGUUUUUAUUUGAGUUAGUGAUGAAAACCCUUCCUCACACAUAUGUAGAAGCAAACUGAAUUAUAAUCUUUAAAGCACCAUUGUACAGUUCACUAUAUUCUCUUUUCACUGGUGAUGAGAUCAGAAAUUAACCAUACCUUCUGCUUGGAAUUUAAUUUGAGAGUUCAAUUAACUGUUCUCUUUCAUUCAAUGAAAUUUUCUUGUUUUCAAUAUUGCAAUGGAAAGGAUCAUGAAUCCAUGAUAAUUCGUCAUAUUUACUUGCAAAAUAAGUUUCAAAGUGUGAUCUCAGAGUUUCGAGAUGUAAACAUAUGUCAUUGCAAAUAUGUGCAGUGUGACGGCUACAUAAGUGAAAAUACAUCUGAUGAUGGCCAGUUACGGCCGAAACAUGUAGUGUAAAAGAAUAAACACAAAGACCUAGAAGCAAAUUGUUGCAUUUACGACGGUAUUUAUAUUAUACACAUAUAAAUAUAAAUUCUGGUUUAACAAUAGCAGAGGAAAAUCUAGAGGUUUCUAGGUGGGAAAGUUGAUUCGUUCCUAAAGUAAUGUUUGUGCCAGUAGCAAGUGUACAUCAGAAAAAUGAAGUUUGUAUAAUUGCAAAAACCAUUUUCUUGUUUGUAAUAUAUAAAUAGCUUUGCAAAAAUAA